AUGAGGCGAGUGGUGCGACAGAGCAAGUUCCGGCAUGUGUUUGGGCAGGCUGUGAAAAACGACCAGUGUUAUGAUGACAUCCGAGUGUCCCGUGUGACCUGGGACAGCUCUUUCUGCGCCGUCAACCCCAGAUUUGUUGCCAUCAUCAUCGAAGCGAGUGGGGGAGGAGCGUUCCUGGUGCUUCCUCUGCACAAGACUGGUCGAAUCGAUAAAUCCUACCCUACCGUUUGCGGCCACACAGGACCAGUGCUCGACAUAGACUGGUGCCCACACAAUGACCAGGUCAUCGCCAGUGGCUCCGAAGACUGCACGGUUAUGGUUUGGCAGAUCCCUGAGAAUGGACUCACCCUGUCCCUGACAGAACCAGUAGUGAUUCUCGAAGGCCACUCCAAGAGGGUUGGCAUUGUGGCCUGGCACCCGACUGCCCGCAACGUACUGCUCAGCGCAGGCUGUGACAAUGCCAUCAUCAUCUGGAACGUGGGGACAGGGGAAGCCCUAAUCCACCUGGACGACAUGCACUCAGACAUGAUCUAUAACGUCAGCUGGAACAGAAACGGCAGCCUCAUUUGUACAGCGUCCAAGGACAAGAAAGUGAGGGUCAUCGACCCCAGGAAACAGGAGAUCGUGGCUGAGAAGGAGAAAGCGCACGAGGGGGCCAGGCCCAUGCGGGCCAUCUUCCUUGCUGAUGGCAAUGUCUUCACCACCGGCUUCAGCCGCAUGAGCGAGAGGCAGCUGGCACUCUGGAGCCCGAAAAACAUGCAGGAACCAAUUGCCCUUCACGAAAUGGACACAAGCAAUGGGGUGUUGCUGCCUUUCUAUGACCCCGACACCAGCAUCAUCUACCUGUGUGGGAAGGGCGACAGCAGCAUCCGCUAUUUUGAGAUCACGGAUGAGCCCCCCUACGUGCAUUAUCUCAACACAUUCAGCAGCAAGGAGCCUCAGCGAGGGAUGGGCUACAUGGCUAAGCGAGGACUGGAUGUGAACAAAUGCGAGAUCGCCAGGUUCUUCAAACUCCACGAGCGAAAGUGCGAGCCCAUCAUCAUGACCGUCCCCAGGAAGUCUGACCUUUUCCAAGAUGAUCUGUACCCUGACACCGCUGGGCCAGAAGCAGCUCUGGAGGCAGAGGAGUGGUUCGAGGGCAAGAACGCCGACCCCAUCCUCAUCUCCCUCAAGCAUGGCUACAUUCCGGGCAAGAACAGGGACCUCAAGGUGGUGAAGAAGAACAUUCUGGACAGCAAGCCCUCUGCAAACCGGAAGUGUGACCUGGUCAGCGUCCCCAAGAAAACUGCAGACACAAGCAGCGUGCAAAAUGAAGCCAAGUUGGAUGAGAUUUUAAAAGAGAUCAAAUCAAUAAAAGACACAAUCUGCAAUCAAGACGAGCGAAUCUCCAAGUUAGAGCAACAGAUGGCCAAGAUAGCGGCCUGAAGGCUCGCCAUCCACCCCCCAAAUGGGAGCAAGAACUGCUGCCUGGUAGCUGGGAUGGGUGUGGUCCCGGGAAGGGUGCAAGGGGGGCCCUGCCACCUGCCGUUAAGGGCACGUCCAUUACCAAACACAGGCCGCCUUCCAGACCCAACUCUGUCCACCCCUCAAAUUUGCAGAAACAAAAUGUGAUUUCAAAGUCA